UGCAGAACAGAGAGAGUGAUAUAAUACUGAGGAGUGAAAGAAUUCCAUAAUCUUCCCUGGACUUGCAGGAAGUGGUGGUUAGAUUUUGAAUUUUGUGGAUAGAAACUGCAAAGUGUAAGGUCGUGAAAUUGUAAAGGAACCCUUAUUAACCUGCUAGUCUGAGAUCGUGGGAAUGUUUUUAGUUAACACAAAUAUGGCUGCUUUGAGAAUGGCACGCUGUAUAUUAAUAAACAAUGUGAAAAACAGUAGCUAUAGCAAAUGCUGCAUUUUCAGACAAUGGACGCAGCAGUCCAGAGCUGCGUUCUCUGUGGCAGUUCAAGAGAAAGUGGAAGAACCACAGGUCCAUACAAAACAAAGGAAACCAAAAACUGGAAUUCUCAUGCUGAAUAUGGGAGGACCUGAGACACUAGAUGACGUUCACGAUUUUCUGCUGAGACUAUUCCUGGACAGAGACCUCAUGCAGCUUCCAUUACAAAAUAAACUUGGACCUUUUAUUGCAAAAAGACGUACCCCGAAGAUUCAAGAGCAAUACAGUAAGAUUGGUGGAGGAUCUCCAAUUAAAAUGUGGACUACUGAGCAGGGAAAAGGCAUGGUAAAUUUGUUGGAUGAGAUGUCACCGGAGACAGCACCACACAAGUUUUACAUUGGUUUUCGUUAUGUACGCCCAUUAACAGAAGAAGCAAUUGCAGAAAUGGAGGAAGAUGGAAUUGAGAGAGCCAUUGCCUUCACCCAGUAUCCCCAGUAUAGCUGUUCUACCACAGGAAGCAGCUUAAAUGCUAUUUAUCGAUAUUACAGCAAAAAUGGACUAAAGCCAAAGAUGAAAUGGAGUACAAUAGACAGAUGGCCAACACAUCCUCUUCUUAUUCAGUGCUUUGCAGACCAUAUAAAGAAAGAACUGGACAGGUUUCCACCAGAAAAACGCAGUGAAGUUGUUAUCCUGUUUUCUGCACAUUCACUUCCGAUGUCUGUGGUCAAUCGAGGAGAUCCUUAUCCUCAGGAAGUUGGAGCAACUGUACAUAAAGUCAUGGAAAAGCUGCAAUUCUGCAACCCUUACAGGCUGGUUUGGCAGUCCAAGGUUGGUCCUAUGCCUUGGUUAGGCCCGCAGACUGAUGAAACCAUCAAAGGAUUGUGCCACAGAGGAAAGAAGAACCUGUUGCUGGUUCCUAUAGCUUUUACUAGUGAUCACAUUGAAACGCUCCAUGAGCUGGACAUAGAAUAUGCAGAUAUUUUGGCAGGAGAGUGUGGAGUUGAGAACAUCAGACGUGCAGAAUCACUGAAUGGAAAUCCACUGUUUUUUAAGGCUUUGGCAGAUGUAGUCCAUACACACUUGAAGUUAAAUGAGCCAUGCUCCAAACAGUUGAUGUUGCGCUGUCCUCUUUGUGUGAAUCCAGUCUGCAGUGAAACAAAAGACUUUUUUGCCAGUCAAAACAUUUGAUGCUGGUUAUGUGCACUUACUACCUUAUCUAUGCAGAAAGGUCAAUUUACGAUGCCAGAUGAGGCUUGGACUUGCACUGAGAAAUGCCUUAUUCCCAGAUUACACAGCAGUUCUGCUAGCAUUUAGCAGCAUCUGCUAACAGUGUUACUAAACUAUUAUGUAAGCAAUAAAUCCAGGAUUACUGGUGCUAACCUUUCUGAUAUCUGCCAUAGUUUAGUCAUUGGGGGGGGGGUCACAGAAGUUACAGUUCAAGCACUAUAUGGCCACUUUAUUACUAAUGUUUCUGUUUUGGAAAAAAGGGGGUGGAGUUGAGUCUCUGACUAAAAGAAAAUGUUGUUGGACUAGCUAUAUUAAACAUUAAGAAUAUAUUGGGAUGCUUAUGCAUUGUUCUUUGUCAGACUUGUUAGUCAUGCUUGAGAUUAGGAUUUCUGUACAAGUAAAUCGAUCUCACUUCACUGUUCUGGUUAAUCACCGUAUUUUCAUUAGUAAUAUUAUGAAAAUAUGCCACUGAGAGCAUUAAAUAAUAAACUGCGAUUGCUGAAGUUAAA